UAUAUAUUCUCAAGUCAACACAGUAGUAUAUUAUACAGACACUGAAAGGAAAUAAAAAAAAAUAUCAUGACGGACAAAAAUAAUAUUUUAUACUUAUUCGAUCGUCCUACCGAACCUAUAUUUAUUGGAAAAGGCGAUGAUAAUGUGUCUUUCGAUGUACCCACUGAAUACUUGAUCGACCGUUACAAGCCAUUGGCAUCGGACAUUCAAACUCGUUUUCCCGGUGGUAAAACCGUUCCAAUCACUAAGUUGAAAAAUAUUCCUGACUUAUCGAUUCCACUAGGACUUAGCAGAGAUGCGCCAUUUUCACUUUUUAACCCAUCUCACAGUAAAAUGGCCGCAAAGCUCAUCGAGAUUCUAAUGAACACGAAAUCGUACGACGAACUCUUAUCACUUUCCGUGUACUGUCGUGACCGGAUCAACCCAUACAUGUUUACUUACGCACUAUCUGUUGUAAUAAUACACAGACCCGACACUCGCAAUUUAAGACUACCAUCUCAUUCCGAAAUGUUCCCAACUUUGUACAUGAACUCUUCGGUGUUCAGCCGCGCCAGAGAAGAAUCAGCUGUAGUUCAAGCCGGUUCUAGGACUCCAAUCGAAAUACCGCACGAUUAUUCUGCUAACAAUCUGGACUCGGAACACAGGAUUAGUUAUUUCCGCGAAGACAUCGGCAUUAACCUCCAUCACUGGCAUUGGCAUUUGGUCUACCCAUUCGACGGACCACUCAAUAUUGUAAAUAAGGAUAGACGUGGUGAAUUAUUUUUUUACAUGCACCAACAAAUCAUAGCUAGAUAUAACAUGGAACGGUUAAGCAAUAACAUGAAUAGAGUAGUUCGUCUAACCAACUGGAAUGAACCGAUUGCAGAGGGCUACUUUCCAAAAUUAGAUAAUAUUUUAGCCAAUCGUGUGUGGCCUCCAAGACCUGUCAAUGCAGUACUCUCAAACAUUAGCAGAGAAGUAGAACAAAUCACUUUUGACAUAGAAGAUCUUGAGCGUUGGAGAGACCGUAUAUUCAAUGCUAUUCAUUCUGGAUUUAUUAUCAACACUGCUGGUCAACAAGUUAGAUUAACUGAAAAUGAGGGAAUAAAUAUAUUAGGAAAUCUUAUCGAAGCUAGUAUAUUAAGUCAAAAUCCAAAUUUGUAUGGUUCUCUUCAUAAUAAUGGCCACAAUGCAAUUGCUUAUAUUCACGAUCCUGACAAUAGAUUUUUGGAAAACUAUGGCGUUAUGGGUGACUCGGCGACAGCUAUGAGAGAUCCAAUAUUUUAUCGUUGGCACGCAUAUAUUGAUGAUAUAUUCCAAGAAUUUAAAUCUACUAUACCGAGUUAUAAUGUUCAAAAUUUGGGCUUCGAUAGCAUAAAUGUACAAAGCGUCGAAGUAACAGCCACUGGGUUACCGCGAAAUGAAUUUGCGACAUUUUGGCAGCAAAGUGACACUGACUUAUCUAGAGGCUUGGACUUUUUACCACGUGGAUCUAUAUUUGCACGAUUUACUCACUUACAACACGCUCCAUUCAGUUAUAAAAUUGUUGUUGAGAACAAUGGAAAUCAGCGAGUUGGAACAGUUCGUAUCUUCUUGGCCCCUAAAUUUGAUGAGCGUGGUUUACCAUUUUUAUUCAGAGAACAAAGAAAACUUUUUGUUGAACUUGACAAAUUUAGUGUAUCAUUAAAAAGGGGAAGAAACGAAAUUGUUCGUCGAUCUAUUGAUUCAUCAGUAACUAUACCACAUGAGGUAACUUAUAGAAACCAAGGAAGUAACAGACCGGCCGCAAAUACAGAUGCAGCAGCAACGUUCAACUUUUGUGGCUGUGGGUGGCCACAAAACAUGUUAAUAGCUAAGGGGUCGGUAGAUGGGUUCCAGUGUCAACUGUUUGUUAUGGUAUCUAAUGGCGAAAAUGAUCAGGUACCAAACGCCCAAGGAGACGCACAAGUUUGCAACGACGCAUCCAGCUACUGUGGCGUUCUUAACUCCCGUUAUCCAGACGCUAGGUCCAUGGGUUAUCCGUUCGACCGUACGCCUCGGGACGGCGUGGUCACUCUCCAACAGUUUUUGACGCCCAACAUGGUCACACAAGACGUGCGCAUUCGUUUCACCAACCGUACUGUAGCUCCGUUGCAAAACGCUACAGCGAACAGACCCGCAGCGGGAGCGAGUGGUAACAGUAGGAACUGAGGAUUUAGAAAAUCGCAGUAGUUACAACACACAUAUUGUGAUUACUGAUUAAAAUACCUAUAAACCGUUUUUAAAUAAAUUUAAUAUUGUAAAAUUGUUAUCAUGAGUCGAUGUAUUGACAUGAACAUGUAUGUUUUUUUUUACCCUUUUUUAUUACACUCGAAUGCUUGAUAAUGUUUACUAUUCACUAAUACGACGAACGCGUAAAUAAUAUAGAUAAAUAAAACUGAAAAUAAUAUAUUUAUUUUUUUUUUUAAUUCAAAAUUAUCAAAAGACGUUUUAAAUCCAUAUUUUAUUCCGUGGCCCAAUGUUUUUCUCAAAUCCCAACGAGGAAUACCUAGGUCGAUUGUUCUCAUUUCAAAUAUAAUAUUAUUACCUUGUCGACCAUUGAACUUUAAUCACUAGUGCGUGUCAAUAGCUGUAUCUCGACUUUAUUAUUCUACUAUAUCUAUUUGAUUUUUUAUCAAAUUAUAUUUAUUAAUGUAUUAUGCAUACUAAUAUACUACAU